UCAAGGAUUGCUGUCAACCGGGUGCCAAAAUGCCGAAAAAGAAGACAGGUGCCAGGAAAAAGGCGGAAAAUCGAAAGGAACGAGAGAAACAGAGCCGAGCCAACCGGGACCUGGUGGACUUGGCUAAACACCCGUGCAACGUCAACAUGGAUUGUGAUAAAUGCCAGAGAAAACAGAAGAACCGAGCAUUCUGUUACUUCUGCAAUGCUGUACAGAAACUUCCUACAUGUGCACACUGCGGCAAAACCAAAUGUAUGAAGACUUCAGACUGCGUCAUCAAACACCCAGGGAUCUACAGCACCGGGAUGGGAAUGGUGGGGGCAGUGUGUGACUUCUGUGAAGCUUGGGUGUGCCACAGCAGGAAAUGCCUGAGCACUCACGCUUGCCUGUGUCCUCUGACGGAGGCGGACUGUAUCGAGUGCGAACGCGGCGUGUGGGACCACGGCGGGCGUAUUUUUCGCUGCUCCUUCUGUCAAAACUUUCUUUGUGAAGAUGAUCAAUUCGAGCACCAGGCCAGCUGCCAAGUCCUUCAAGCCGAAACAUACAAGUGCGUUUCCUGCAACAGACUGGGCCAGCACUCGUGCCUGCGUUGUAAGGCCUGCUACUGUGACGACCAUGCUAAGAGCAAAGUGUUCAAGCAGGAGAAGGGGAAGGCGCCGCCAUGUCCCAAGUGUGGCCACGAGACCCAAGAGACCAAAGACCUCAGCAUGUCAACUCGCACGUUGAAAUUCGGACGCCAGGCCGGCGCUGACGACGACGAUGACGACGACUACGGAGCGUCGGGCUACGACAGCUACUGGAAGAACAUCGCGUCAGGAGGCGGAGGACGCAACUAUGACGACGACGACGACGAUGAGGAGGAAGAUGACGAUGAAGAUGACGACGAUGAAGAGGAGGAAGAGGAAGACGAGGGCGAGGAAGAAAUGGCCGCUCUUAAAUUAGAUGCAGCCGCCAAAGUCUGAAACGGGACAACAAGAUUUGAAUGAAAAUCAGAUGGUGGUUUUGUUACACCCUCAAACUCGUUUAACAACUUUUUGACCUCACUGUCAAAUGUUAGGACGGUGCCUGAAUAAAAUGAAUUAGCACAGAAAUAAACCAA